CUCUCUCUGUCUCGCAGUCUCAUUCAGAGUCUCCAAGCCGAGCACAGUUCACCGUUCCCGAGUAAAAGCGCUAACUGGCUGUCAGUCGAGCUCGGUGAGCGCGGCAGUCAUGGCGGCGGCUCCGUUAGCCCACUUCGACGAGGACUGGCAGGACUUUAACGAAUUCAAGCCGUCGCAGGAGUCGUCCGCCGCCGAGCUGGACCAGCUCAACUCGAACGUCGCCGCGGGGCCGCCGACGGGCCUGGACGACUUCUCCGACCUGGACAACAGUUUCUCGGGGGAGAUCUGCAGCUUCAAGUCGAUGGAGGACCUCGUCCACGACUUUGACGAAAAGCUGAACGUGUGCUUCCGAAACUACAACACCGCGACGGAGCACAUAGCGCCCAUUAAACCCAUCACCGAGGAUAAUUACCUGAAAGACGACGAGGUAUGGAACACACUGACUGACAACUACGGCAACGUGAUGCCCAUCGACUGGAAGACGUCACACACCCGCUCCCUCCACCUGCCCACCCUCAACCUCAACUGGCACGAGUUGGACAACCAGUCUUUGGAUCUGUCAGAUGACGAGGAGCUGAGAGAGCAGAUGGACAUGCAUUCCAUCAUCGUCUCCUGCGUCAGUGACGAGCCCCUCUUCACUGCAGAGCAGGUGAUCGAGGAGAUAGAGGAGAUGAUGCAAGAGUCUCCGGACCCCGACGACGAGAGUCCCUCCCAGUCAGACUUGUCCAUGCUCUCCGCGGACCUCCACGGCCUGAGGCGCUCCGGCUCAGACACCAGCUACGAGGACCGACUGCGCCAGCUGACCGUGUCGGAGCUGGCCGAGACUCUGGAGGAGGUGGAGACGGCCAUUCGCAGCUACAGUGAAGAGCUCAUCCAGGCUCUGGCCCUGCGUGAUGAGCUGGAAUACGAGAAGGAGGUGAAGAACAGCUUCAUCUCGCUGCUCAUCGACGUGCAGAACAGACAGAAGGAGCACCGUGAGCUGCUGCGCAAGAAGAAGAAGGUCCGCAGCAUGACGUCCACCACGGGAGCCAACAGCCAGAAAACCACCGGCACAAACGUGCCCGGCACGCUCCUCACUCUGGAGGGACUCUCCAGUGUCAUUCAAAAUGGCCUCCGCCAAACUUUUGGUACCACAGGAGGGGACAAACAGUACCUCACCACAGUCAUCCCCUAUGAGAAGAAAAUGGGCUCCCCUUCAGUGGAAGACCUCCACAUCCUAACAAAGAUCCUUCAGGCCAUGAGGGACGACAGCGAGAAGGUCCCGGCCCUCCUCACAGACUACAUUCUCAAAGCUCUGGUAUGAGCAUGGAGGAUGCUGAGUUCUUUGUCCCACGUAAAUCCCUGAAGGGAACCCCCCAGGAGCAACAUCGGGCUGGAUCUUGGAGAAAAGUUUUUAACGCAGACUUUCUUACCUUACGCCAUUUUUACCUGGACGCCACCUUCCUCAGAUUUGAACCGACUGCUCCACGGACGUCGCUAACCAGUAUUAUACGUCUUCGCACCUCAUGUGACUCCCAAUUUUAUUCCACGGCCUUCGUCAGCUGGUCCCAACGAGGGAAAUGGCGUCAUUUGUCCUGAAGAAGGGAAAGGAAUGCUGGCAGAAACCUCUAGAGGGCAGCAGAGUGACAACACCGUGAGCAGAAGCUUCUCAUGUUAGCAUCCGCCAUCUUCCACAUGCUACAUGGGACUCCGCUAGCUAAUAGCUGAAUGUUGACACAAGAUGACUUUUGUAACUUGCACAAGAAAAAGGGAAAGGACUUGGGGAAAACUAGCUAGCUGGACAAACAAGAACACUGACCUCACGCCCGUCAUACCUCCUGCAUUGUGUUAGCUAGCUUGCUAGGCAUGCCAGUGGCUACGUAGUGUUUGUUAAAUGUUUACUUGUGUUUGUUUCAGCUCAUGUAGUAGUGGACAUGUAUUUUUUAACGCCUCUCUUAGAUUAGCACGAGGCAAGCUGUAGCUAGCAGUUUGUGUUAGCAUGUGUGCAUUUUUACCCAUCAUCACCGACCAUGACAACAAUCUUGGUAAGAACAGUACUGUGCUGCUUUUAUGCUAACACGUUGAAGUUGUCGGAGCGCGCCACCUACAGGGAAGCUUUUGUUGUUUUGUCUUUUAAGGGAACCUUUUGACUUGCUGUACGAUACAAUCACCUUUUCCAACAUUCUAGUAGCGGCUAAGCUAGGUAGCAUUUCAACACUUAACUUCAACCACAUCAGCCACACUCACGUACGACCCUUAGCCUUUUUACAUAGCCUUAUGCUAGCAACGUCGCCGUGGGGCGGAGAUUAAAGUUUAUGUUUACGUUCCAAGGAAUCAAAAGGGUGCGCUUUUAAAAUAUUUUACAUGGGAAGACAAAGACGACAAGACGUGUUUUAUGAAACUGAUGUGCUGCGUGCACUUUACGCACAUUUCAUCCUCGUGCGUCGUCAUGGAUUUGAAAGGUCUUAUUCGGUGGCUGACCACAUAGAUUUUAUGUCCUGAUGAAGAAAUGUACCUUAGUAACCAAGUUGCAGAAGUGUAUUCUGCAUUUGUACGCCAGAAAAACACAAAAUCUUCCUUUUCAUUGAUUUCCAUGCGAUAGAAUUGGAACAUUGACCCCGUCAUGCGGUACUGUAGUGUAGAAAUACGGAGCACAUAUUCAGUUACUGUCGUACUGCUGGCUUUGUUCGGCCACCAUUCUCUCCACUCCAGUGGUUUCUAUGUUGCACCUCCUUUCCAAUAAAGCAACACGUGAGACCUGCUUGGAUGCUCUUCCUUC